AGUGAGAAGAACAUCAUAUUCUGUCUUCUCCUAGGCUAACGGACCCUACAGAAACAAGAUGUUGUCCAAAUCGCUUCUGUUCGCCCUGGCAAUAUUGCUAAUUUAUAUUACAGUCGAAACUUACUCGUAUCCACGCAAAGGAGGUCAAGGCCCUAAAGAAGGAAGCGUUGGCCGAGAAAAAAGUCAAGGAAAGUCGAAAGGAAAAGGGAGAGGAAAGGGCCGAGGUAGAGGAAACAACCAAGACGAUAAUAAUGACGAUGAUUCUAAUGACAACGAUGAAUUUUUUGCUGGACAGGAAGGAAACUUCGGAGGCAAAGGACCAGGCAAGGCAAUAAAUAAACAAUUUUUCUUUAAUAUCAAUUUACAGAGAGGAGGCAAAGGACAAGGCAAAGGAGGUAGUAGGGGACCACAAGGUCGAGGGAAAGGAGGUAAAAAAGGUCAGAGAGGAGAAGAAGCUGCAGAAUUCGGAAAGUCACACAUAAGGGACAAGAGAUGCAAAAAUAAGUCCGAAGCUUCAAACGACACUAAUGCUGCUGCUGCUGUUCCCCAGGUUGAUGAUAAAACCACUGGCAAUAAUCACACAGUCGUAAAGAUUGAAAAUGAAGAAUCAAAAAGUCAAAUUGAAAAUGAAGAAUCAAGAAAUCAAGACAACGAUCAAGAUGGCGGCAAGAAGGUAAGAAAAGGCUCCAAGGGUCAAGGUAAUGGAAAAGGCAAACGUUAUGGCAAGGGCAAAGGCAAAAAGCAAGGGAAAGGUGAAGGUGAUAAUGAGGAGUCUUCUUCAGUCGGAAAGAAAAAUAAAGACAGGAAGAGAUGUAAAGGGAAAGGAAAAAAGUUUCAGAAGAAUGAAGGAAAAGAAAACGAGAAAAAGUUGCAGGAAGAAGAUGUAGAGGUUGCUGAAAACAACGCCAACGCCAAUGCCAAUGCUACAGGGACUUCUGAAUCACACAUAGUUAAUAAGCGGUCACCUGUAAGUACACAUUAGUAUUGUAUUGUAUUGUAAGUAUUGUAAGUCCCUGUGUGUGUCUAUAUAUGGGUUAGGGUUAUGGUGUUAUGUACACGGAAUUAGAAGAAAUGAAAGGCAU